AUGAAAUCCUUUGCCGCGCUUUUCGUUUUAGGAGCUUAUGUAGCUCCAGCAUUCGCUAUGGUCGUUCCGCGAAAAUCAGGGAACCUUACACCCGUGACGGUAAGAGGAAAUGCCUUCUUUGCAGGCGAGGAACGAUUUUAUAUUCGAGGUGUUGCCUAUCAGCCCGGUGGUGCUGCGGAUGCUGCUGAUCCUCUCCUUGACAUUAAGAGCUUGAAGCGCGAUAUUGAGAAUUUCAAGAAGCUUGGAAUCAACACCAUUCGGGUAUACACAAUCGAUAACUCACAGGACCAUGACGAGGGAAUGAAGUUGCUUGACGACGCCGGGAUAUACUUAGCACUAGAUGCCAACACCCCGAAGUACUCUCUGAACCGUGAGACCGAACAGACACUCCACCGUUCCUACAACGAUGUCUACCUACAAUCUGUCUUUGCAACCGUCGACGCUUUUGCUGGAUACAACAACCUGCUCCUGUUCUUCUCUGGUAAUGAGGUCAUCAAUGCAAAGAACAAUACUGUUGCGGCUACCUACAUCAAGGCCGUGACCCGCGAUAUGAAGCAAUACAUUUCGAACCAUGCAUCUCGCCAAAUCCCCGUGGGGUACUCUGCUGCCGAUGUCGCCGAGAACAUCAAGCAACAAGCGCUGUUCUUCAACUGCGGCACCGAAGACGAGCGUGCUGACUUCUUCGCCUUCAACGACUACUCCUGGUGUGACCCAUCUUCAUUCACCCAAUCGGGCUGGGACAAAAAAGUAGAAACGUACAAGGACUACAGCAUCCCUCUCUUCCUAUCCGAGUUCGGCUGCAUCACCAACACACGUGAGUGGGGUGAGAUUGCUGCCUUGUACUCGAAUAAUAUGACCGGCGUAUACUCCGGAGGCUUGGUAUACGAGUACACUGUCGAGCCCAAUGGUUAUGGUCUUGUCGAAGUCACCCCCAAUGGCAACAUCGAGCCUAAUGAGGACUUUGAGCGCCUUGCCGAAGCUUACAAGAAGACCAAGAACCCGUCCGGUACUGGUGGCUUCAACGAAAAUGGCUCACCGUCGCAAUGCCCGCCUCCAGAUGACGAAUGGGAGGUGGAGUCCUCUCUCUUGCCCACGAUUCCAGAAAAUGCUAAACAGUUUAUGAACAAGGGUGCUGGCGAUGGACCUGGGCUUGAGGGUGACGGAAGCCACUUUGCUGGCGAAGCCAGCAUGUCUACUGCUACUCCCGGAUCUGGAAUUCCAACUCGCACUCCUGAUGGUCAGGCUGCCAACAACACGGGUGGUGAAAGUGCAGCAAGCUUUGGUGUGCACAUCCCGUUUCAGUUCGUGGGCAUGAUUGCUGGGAGUGUUAUGUUUGGAAUGUCGUUGGUGCUUUAA